AAUAUUGGAAAAAAACAUGGAAGUUCAGUGGGAUUCCAACUUCAAGUCAACAACACCAAGUGACAGUGAAAUUGACUUUAAUAAGGAGGCAAAAAGAAUCGCAGAUUUAGAUAUGCCACAAGCAGUAGUAACUAAGCUCAUUAAUAACGUGUUGUGUGGUAACUCAAUAGAAGAAGAUGCAAAGAUGGCCGUAAUAAGAUCCACUACUCAAUUUAUUAGUUAUCUCACUUCAACAGCGAAUAAAAUUGCAAGAAAUAAGAAUCAUAAAAACAUACAACCCGAUGAUGUGUUUAAAGCCAUAGAAGAAUGUGAAUUUGAUGAGUUUUUACCAAAGUUAAAAGAUGAAUUAAAUGCAUAUGUGGAAAUUAAAAGGUCCGCAAAAGCAAAACAGAAUGAAGAGGAAAAUGUUACUGGCGGUCCACCGUCAUCAUCUAUAGUAACGGAUUUGCCUUCUGAUAGCGGAGUGAAGAGCGAUCUCCAAAAUUCCGGUCGGUACCUUGGUCGGUUGGCCGACUAG